CCAGAAGAUAUCCCGAGCUAAGAAACCUCCCUGUUGCUUGAGGCCGAACUCGAUUCUCGACGACAAUCCGCUCCGCUCAACAACGCCAAUUGGCCUCGUCUCCUCCCGCAUUCUUCAUAUCCUCACACGACAGCCACACACAAUGGCCCUCUCUUGCAGAUUCGCAGCCCAGAGCUGCGCCCGUCAGCUCCGUGCCACCGGCUCGAUGCGUGCCUCGACAUCCCUCUUCCAGACCCGAACUCCCGCAACCGCACGAAGGUACAACUCGACCGAGGCCGCUGCCCCCACGAACCCCAAGAUCGCCGCCAUUGUCGACCAGAUUAGCACUCUUACUCUUCUCGAGACCGCAGACCUCGUUUCAAGCUUGAAGUCCAAGCUCAACAUCCCCGAUCUCCCCGUCGGUGGCUUCGCCGCCGCCCCCGCAGCAGCUCCCGCCGCUGUCGAGGAGGCUGAGGAGGUCGCACCGGCAGCCGCCGAGAAGAGCGUCUUCAACAUCAAGCUCCAGGCCUUCGAGGCCGGCUCAAAGCCCAAGGUCAUCAAGGAGAUCAAGAACCUGUUGGGUCUGAGCUUGGUGGACAGCAAGAAGUUCGUCGAGAGCGCGCCGAAGCUGAUGAAGGAGAACGUGGCCAAGGACGAGGCCGAGAAGAUCAUCGCCGCCAUGAAGGAGCUUGGCGCCACCGUCACCAUGGAGUAAAAUGGCCCUAAUGGCUGGUUGAGGCCUGGCUGGCUGAUGUAGACUGGAGCGCGGCCCCUCUCCUUGGGAGGAGAUGUAAAACUCGGGGGGAAGCAAUGUGUUGUCGGACAUCUGGGUUCGGAUUGGUCUAGACGGACGUGUAUGAGUGUAUAAACACCCAUGUAACAAUAUUAUCACAAAGACAUACACCAC